AUGGCUAAUGAUGGUUAUGUUGAUUCAUCGCGGCGAAUUGACGAAGAGUUGUGGGCCCAUACGUCCGCGGAGAUAAAUCGGUUGGUGCAAGAGCACUUGCGCCAACAGAAGCAGUCGGCAGUCCCUCGGCCCAUCCAUCAUCGAGUUGUAGUCCCCCGGGACCAUCUCGGUGCCCACCAACGGUUGUUCGACGACUAUUUUGCUGAGGAGUCGUGGUUUGGGGAGUCAUUGUUUCGGUGGCGUUUUAGGAUGCACCGACCGCUAUUUUUGCGUAUUGUGUUGGCUUUAGAGGCUCGGUACAAGUAUUUCCGGUUCAGGGAGGAUGCAAGUGGUAGACCUGGUUACUCGCCGAUACAGAAGUGCACGCCGCAAUUAGGCAGUUGGCCUAUCGAGCAUUUCUAUCGGGGCGUCGUUCACAUAUUCGGGGAUACGUAUCUUCGAAACCCUGCCCCUGACUGCCAAGGUCUGAUGGAAAUGCACGAGAGGGUGCACGGUUUUCCCAGAGUGUUGGGCAGCAUAGAUUGUAUGCAUUGGGAGUGGAAGAACUGCCCCACCGCUUGGAUAGGGAUGUACACGACCGGCUUCAAAGGCAAGAAUUCCACAAUGAUCCUCGAAUUCGUAGCUGACUACCGGCUAUGGAUUUAG